UGCCAGGCAGGCAGUGUCUUCCUGAGGGACGAUGGAGAAGGCGAUCCUGCUCUUGCUGCUGAGCCUGUGCGCCGCCCGGCUCGACGGCGCCGUGGCGCAGCAGUACUGGACGCCGGCCACCGCGACGUUCUACGGCGGGAGCGACGCGUCCGGCACCAUGGGCGGGUCGUGCGGGUACGGCAACCUGUACAGCGCCGGGUACGGGACGCAGACGACGGCGCUGAGCACGGCGCUCUACGGCGACGGCGCCUCCUGCGGCGCGUGCUUCCUGGUCACCUGCGACGCGUCGCGGACGCAGUACUGCAAGCCGGGUUCGCCGUCGGUGACCGUGACGGCGACCAACUUCUGCCCGCCCAACUACGGCGACCCCAGCGGGUGGUGCAACUCGCCGCGGCAGCACUUCGACAUGUCGCAGCCGGCGUGGGAGACCAUCGGCGUGUACCAGGCCGGCGUGGUCCCCGUGAACUACCGGCGGGUUCCGUGCCAGCGGUCCGGCGGGGUCAGGUUCGGCAUCAGCGGUCACGACUACUUCGAGCUCGUGCUGGUCACCAACGUCGGCGGCGCCGGCGCGGUGGCCGCGGCGUGGAUCAAGGGCUCCUCCACGGACUGGCUGCCGAUGAGCCGCAACUGGGGGGCGAACUGGCAGAGCAGCGCCUACGUCACCGGGCAGAGCCUGUCGUUCAAGGUGCAGACGGACGACGGCAGGUCCGUCGUGGCGUACGACGUGGCGCCGGCGAACUGGCAGUUCGGCUGCACCUACCAGGCCUCGGCCAACUUCUACUAGAGAGUGAUGAGAUGAAUAGUGGCCGCACAUGCUAUUUGUGAAUUAGUUGGACCGGAUCCAAGAUUGCAAAGGAGGCUUGAAAGCCUCGACUCAAUGGGCCGUGUUAAGAAAAUCAGCCCAUGAGUUGGGGUUUGGAGAGAAUCCUUAAAAAUAGUGCAUAUAUGAUCUUUGCAAAAGAUAAAUUAGAAACCGCAUCCUCUUA